AUGGGACGUCGAAAAUCCAAUUAUUUGUCCCUCAAAAAAUCAAAGCAGGAAUUUGAAACGGGAAGUAAGAAAUAUGACAACAGGGAAAUUAGCCAGAUUAAAGCCAUAAGAACUUAUGAGGACCUGGAAGGAGACGCCGAAGAUCAGUUCAUGAAAGAGCGAGAUAAAGUCUUACUCGAAGACGAUCUUUAUGCUGACGGCAAGUCAACCAAUUCACUUUAUGGAAUGCAAUUGAGGAUCAACAGAAUGAGCGAGGAAGAUUUCAUAGAUGACAUAUGGACGACUGACGUCAGCGAUCAGUCUCAAGUGGUUCUCACCUUUGCAGAUCUUGUGCAGAAUUCAUCAAAUAGUACUACUUCUCUUGCUGAAGAGCAGAUGAGCACAUCGAUGGAUACUCAUAGUUCCAUUGGUACACCGAAACAUAAUGAUGCUGAACUUCUUCCUGAGACCGCAAAACGUGCGAUUAAUUAUCAAAUAAUGAAGAACAAGGGAUUAACACCAACUCGUAAGAAGGAACAGAGGAAUCCGCGAGUAAAACAUCGCAAGAAGUUCGAAAGAGCAAAGAAAAGGAUUAAAAGCAUAAAACGAGUAGUCGCUCCAAAAGUUGGCCCAUAUGCCGGGGAACUGACCGGCAUCAAAACAAAUUUGUCGAGGAGUAUCAAAUUCAAGUGA